GGGGAGCGGGCGCCGCAGCCGCCGCGGCCACCGCGGGCACCGCCAGCAGGUCCCGGGCAGCGCCGGGCAGCGCCGCGCAGCCAUGGCCGCCAACGGCACGGCCCCCGAGGCGGUGCAGAUCCAGUUCGGCCUCAUCAACUACGGCAACAAGUACCUGACGGCCGAGGCGUUCGGCUUCAAGGUGAACGCGUCGGCCAGCAGCCUGAAGAAGAAGCAGAUCUGGACGCUGGAGCAGCCGCCCGACGAGGCGGGCAGCGCGGCCGUGUGCCUGCGCAGCCACCUGGGCCGUUACCUGGCGGCCGACAAGGACGGCAACGUGAGCUGCGAGCGCGAGGCGCCCGACGCCGACUGCCGCUUCCUCAUCGUGGCGCACGACGACGGCCGCUGGUCGCUGCAGUCCGAGGCGCACCGGCGCUACUUCGGCGGCACCGAGGACCGCCUGUCGUGCUUCGCGCAGAGCGUGUCGCCCGCCGAGAAGUGGAGCGUGCACAUCGCCAUGCACCCGCAGGUCAACAUCUACAGCCUGACCCGCAAGCGCUACGCGCACCUGAGCGCGCGGCCGGCCGAGGAGAUCGCCGUGGACCGCGACGUGCCCUGGGGCGUCGACUCGCUCAUCACGCUCGCCUUCCAGGACCAGCGCUACAGCGUGCAGACGGCCGACCACCGCUUCCUGCGCCACGACGGCCGCCUCGUGGCGCGCCCCGAGCCCGCCACCGGCUACACGCUCGAGUUCCGCUCCGGCAAGGUGGCCUUCCGCGACUGCGAGGGCCGCUACCUGGCGCCGUCGGGCCCCAGCGGCACGCUCAAGGCCGGCAAGGCCACCAAGGUGGGCAAGGACGAGCUGUUCGCGCUGGAGCAGAGCUGCGCCCAGGUCGUGCUGCAGGCGGCCAACGAGAGGAACGUGUCCACGCGCCAGGGGAUGGACCUGUCGGCCAAUCAGGACGAGGAGACGGACCAGGAGACCUUCCAGUUGGAGAUCGACCGUGACACCAAAAAGUGCGCCUUCCGCACCCACACGGGCAAGUACUGGACGCUGACGGCCACUGGGGGCGUGCAGUCCACCGCGUCCACCAAGAAUGCUAGCUGCUACUUCGACAUCGAGUGGCGCGACCGCCGCAUCACCCUGAGGGCCUCCAAUGGCAAGUUUGUGACUGCCAAGAAGAACGGGCAGCUGGCCGCCUCCGUGGAGACAGCAGGGGAUGCCGAGCUCUUCCUCAUGAAACUCAUCAACCGGCCCAUCAUUGUGCUGCGUGGGGAGCACGGUUUCAUCGGCUGUCGGAAAGUCACGGGCACCCUGGACGCCAACCGCUCUAACUACGAUGUCUUCCAGCUGGAGUUCAAUGAUGGCGCGUACAACAUCAAAGACUCCACGGGCAAGUACUGGACGGUGGGCAGCGACUCCUCGGUCACCAGCAGCAGCGACAGCCCUGUGGAUUUCUUCUUCGAGUUCUGUGACUACAACAAGGUGGCCAUCAAGGCGGGCGGGCGCUACCUGAAGGGGGACCAUGCAGGUGUCCUCAAGGCCUGUGCCGACGCCGUGGACCCCGCCUCCCUGUGGGAGUACUAGGGCCCCCCACCCAGGGGCCUCCUCCAGACCCACCCUCCUGCCAACUCCCUUCCCCAGGUUGAGGAGCCCCUUGCCUUUCAAACUGGAACCCCCAGAGAGAACAGUGCCCCCACCUGCUGCUCCCUGUGUACCCGCCCCGCCUCUGUUUCUCUGGUCCUCUGCCGCGGGCGGGGCCGGCAUCUCUUCCUUCUGACCUCAGUCCUCUCUGAGCCUUAGUUCCCUGGAGUGGGAUGCCCUCCCCUCCUGAGCCCCCAGGCCUGGCGGGGCCCAAAACUGGAAUGGGGAGCCCUCCCUAGCCACACGCGCUCUCGGCCCCCUGGCCUGUGGGCAGCAUGGGGGGGUGCCUCCAGGUGGGGCAGAGCAUAGCCCCUCCCCCUGCACAGGCCCGGCUUGGUCCUGUGGGUGCCCGCCGCAUAUCCUGGGUGCUGGGGCUUGGGGGGGAGCCCCUUGCUCCCCCUCUCAUUUCACCCUGGCCUGACUGGAAGCGGAGAAUGACCAAAUCAGUAUUUUUUUUUAAGUGAUGUGUUACCCUUGGAGGUGCCCUGGGGAAACCCAACUGUAGGGGUGAGUGGUGGGCGGCGGGUCCUGAGCACUCGCCUCGCCCUCCGUGCUCUGCCUCCUCCUCCCAUUCUGGGGCCCGUCCAGCCCUAGCCAGAGCCCUGCCUGGAUUGGUGCUCCACCACUCUGACUGGACCCGUGGGGGACUCCGGGGUGGGGUGAGGCUGGGAGUCCCAGAGCUCAUCUCUGCCCUGCCUGUUGCCCCUCUAACCCUACCCCACCCCCAAUGCCCUGCAUCUCACUUUGGGUGUCUUGGCCUUUUAUUUUUUCUAAGUGUCAUUUGUAUAACUCCAAAUGCCCAUGAUAGUUAGCAUCAAACUGGAAAGAGCAAAAUAAAAUACAGCCAAUUGGCA